CGGUAGCCGCUGACGCAGAAGGUAAACAAACCCCUUCGCUCCGCUCGUAGAGAUGAAACCUGAUCGCAGGUUCGGAUGAGGUCCGCUCACGCGUGUUCUGUGCGUUUCAAAGUUGAACUGAAGUGAGUCUGGUGUCGCAGAAGUUCGGAUCGAGUUGUCGAAGCGGCUGUUUGGUUUUUUUUUAUCUCGUAGAUUUCCCUGAAUCUUCGGAGUCGAUGGAGCGGAAGCUCGCGGAGUUCAGGGCUCGACGUCAGGCUGGAAAAGCUGCAGAGAAUCAUCAGGCUGCUGGUUCACAGCUCAGAGAACAGACUGAAAUGACUACUACUACCGCUAGUAUUACUGCUACUACUACAAGUACUACUACUACUGCCACUGAGCAGCAGCAGACACAGAACAACCAAGCAGCAGCUGACAGCUCUCACAUCCAGGACCGUAGUGACUGGCUGCUGGACAGCGCUCUGGGAAGAUGGCUGACUUCCAGACAAGUUAUCAUCUCAAACCUCACUCUGCUGAAAGUGCUGCUGUGGCUGGUGUUGCUCGGCCUGUUUGUAGAACUGGAGUUCGGCCUGCCCUUCUUCGUCAUCUCUCUCUUCUACUGGCUCUAUGAAGGACUCCGAAGCCCAGCGGCCCGAGAGCCUGGAGAACUGAGCGCUUACUCCGUCUUCAACCCGGACUGUCAACCUCUACUGGGCUCCCUCACUGCAGAGCAGCUGGAGGGAGAGAUGGGCUACAGACCUCUGGCUAACAGAUGAAGCGCUUUGCACAUUUGUAUCAAAUAAUCAGGAUGUUUUUCUUUUCAAACUUUAACUUCUAAAGACUUUACGUUGACAUAAAACUGUUUUUACUGUACUUUUACUGUAUGGUAUAACUUUACUUAAAACUCCAUCUUUGUGUCAGAAAGUUUGAGUCAUAACCCGGGGGAAUUCUAAAGCUGCCUGUCAUUUAUUAUUGUGAAUAAGAGAAAGAAUACUCAUCACCCUAACCCACUAUUUAGAACAAAUUAUACUGUGGAACAUUUUUCUCUCCUGGGCGAUGUGGGGUUAAUUCAAAACAUGGUGCAAGUGUUGAGAAAUGUGAAUGGGAAGAGAAAACAAAGUGAAAGUUGCAAUUAAUUUAUAUGUGGUAAAUGGUGUUUUCUUGAAAUUUAAGGCUUUCAAAGUCUAAUAAAAUAUUUUGAUGA